GAUUACCUUUGACAUGAAAGUGAAACUAAACAGAUCUUAACUCUUUCAGCGCCCUUUUCCCCCCUCUCUCUCUAACACUUGCUUUCUCUGGGAAAUAGUGCUGUUUCUGUAGUGGUGGGUCUCUUCUCUCCAGAAAAGGAAAAGGGUCGUUUAUUUGAAGACUUUUUAGGACUAAAGAUUGAAUUUUUUAUGUAAAAAGCUUGUCAGAAUUAGAUUAUGAUGGAUCCACAUCUCAAUGGGUUUUGUGGUUCCACAAAUGAGAUCCGGUUUGGGAAUCAAUCUUAUCCAGUUAUUCAGAAUCAGAGAUUUGAAUUUGGUUCCAAUUUGGUAUCGGCUGAUUGUACGCCAUCUUCGACAAUAACCUCGGUUUCAACGCACGAGGAACCGUCUCCUGAGGACUGUGAGUUUUCUGAUGCUGUUUUGAAUUACAUUAAUAACAUCCUUAUGGAAGAAGAUAUGGAAGAUAAGACAUGUAUGUUGCAAGAUUCUUUAGAUCUUCAGAUUGCUGAGAAAUCGUUCUAUGAAGUAAUAGGCGAAAAGUACCCGGAUUCGGUUUCGGUUUCGCCAUUAGGACAACUUACAAGUGUUUGUAAUCAAAAUGAGUGUGUUGGAGAUAGUAACUUCUUUGAUGAUUAUGGUACUUGUGUUAAUGAUGGUGAUCUUAGUUGCAUUUUUACAAAGAAUUCUUUUCGCGGUAACUCGAGGGAAGUUCAGUUUCCUCAACCAGAUUUUCAAGGAAAUAGUGUUUCACAAUCAUCUCAUAGCUCUACAAAUAGCGUAAAAAGUACUGUGGAAGGGCUUUUGGAUUCUCCGGAUAGUAUUUUACAUGUUUCUGAUCAGAAUAACGGGAGUCAACCGAUUUUGCAAUUUCAAAAGGGUGUUGAGGAGGCUAAUAAGUUUCUCCCUAGUGGAAAUGGCCUCUUUCAAAAUUUCGAUGUUGCUAAGUUUUCGAUACUAGAGCCUGAAGUGGCGAAAGAUGAAUUAUCAGUUAAGGUGGAGAAGGGUGAGCGAAAGUCAUUUCUUUCUAAGGGAAGGAAGCAUCAUUAUGAUGAUGAGGGAGACGUCGAAGAAAAUAGAAGCAACAAGCAAGCGGCGAUUUACUCGGAUCCUAUGUUGAGGUCAAAUCUGGCCGAUGCGAUCCUACUUCAUAGUUUAGGAGAUGGUAAGAAGCAUUUUACGGCUCGUCGUGAGGCAUUGCAAACUAAGAACAAUAUGGUGCCAAGUAAUAAAUCGAAAGCUCGUACUAGUGGAAAAGGACGAGGUAAAGGUAAAAAACAAAACGGAAAAAAGGAAGUGAUUGAUUUGAGAACACUGCUUGUUAUUUGUGCACAGGCUGUUGCAGCAGACGACCAUAAAAGUGCGCACGAAUUGCUGAAGCAGAUCAGGCAGCACUCGAACCCUUUCGGAGAUGGAAAUCAGCGGUUGGCUAAUAUAUUUGCCGAUGGCCUUGAGGCACGUUUGGCUGGUACUGGAAGCCAGAUUUAUAAAGGACUAAUCAGUAAAAGAACAUCGGCUGCCAAUUAUCUGAAAGCUUAUCAUCUAUACCUUGCUGCUUGCCCUUUUCGAAAGAUGACUAGUUUCGUCUCAAAUGUUACUAUAAUGAACUCUGCGGAAAGUUCAAUGAGGGUCCAUAUUGUAGAUUUUGGCAUCCUCUAUGGUUUCCAAUGGCCUACCUUAAUACAAAGACUUUCGUUACGGCCCGGAGGACCACCAAAGCUUCGGAUUACAGGAAUAGACUUUCCACAACCCGGUUUCAGGCCUGCAGAGAGAAUUAUAGAGACCGGUUCGCGCUUGGCAGCAUAUGCUGAAACUUUUAAAGUGCCGUUUGAGUAUAAUGCCAUAGCGAAAAAGUGGGAGACCAUUCAGCUCGAGGAACUUAAGAUCGACAAAGACGAAUACCUUGUUGUUACAUGUUUUUAUCGCGGUAAAAACUUGCUGGAUGAAUCCGUUGUAGUAGACAGUCCGAGGAACAAAUUCCUCAAUUUGAUAAGGAGGAUCAAGCCUGAUAUAUUCAUUCAUGGCAUUACGAACGGAGCCUUUAAUGCGCCUUUCUUUGUGACUCGGUUUAGAGAGGCGUUGUUUCACUUCUCUUCACUUUUCGAUAUGCUCGAAAGUAUUGUGCCUCGGGAGGAUUGGGAAAGGAUGCUAAUUGAGAAAGAGAUAUUCGGGAAGGAAGCAUUGAAUGUUACAGCUUGUGAAGGUUGCGAGAGAGUAGAGAGACCAGAGACAUAUAGGCAGUGGCAAGUUCGUAUUCUACGAGCCGGGUUUUCACAACAAACUUUCGGAAAAAAGACGGUAGAAAGGGCAGUGGAGAAAGUAAGAACUAGCUACCACAAAGAUUUUGUAAUCGAUGAAGAUAGCAAGUGGUUAUUGCAAGGUUGGAAAGGGCGAAUCGUGUUUGCGCUUUCUUGUUGGAAACCUGCUUGAUUAAGACGGUUCGAGUACACUUUACUUGUGCUUUGUGAAUUAGUUUUUGACAUAUGAGGAAAUCAGGUACUGCUUGAGACCCCAUUUCUCAGUUCUAGUCAACAAUGCUGGUUUUUAUCAUUGUUGUGCAAUGUAAUUUGGAUUAACUUUAAUCUGAAAUAGUUUAAUAGUGUAUGCUCAAUUUGUAGUUUGGUAGCUAAAUUGAUGAUUUUCAAAUGAACAUGAUUCAAUGUAAUGUUACUGACAACUUUGACAUGUAAUAAAAAGUUUUUUUUUCAUUGCUGUGACUCAUUGUGAGGUUUCUGUCUCAAUCUUUGUGAUAGUUUAUUUUGAGGUUUCUAUCUCAAUUUUUUUUUGUCUGAUAAACUAGUGGCUGAAAUUUUCCCUUUUAAAAGUGAAUAAGUAAAAUGUCACGAGUUCGAAUCCAUGCCUCCGCAAUUGGAUGUUGCUGCACAGCUAUCAAUUGAGCUAGCUUAACGGGACACUAGCUAAGGAUUAAACCAUUGUUAGUAAAUCUAAAUAUCUAUUGUUUAUGUGACAAUUUAUUAGUAUUUAAUUUGUAUUCUUUAUAAUAAAAACAUAAGUAUUUUUCAUCAAAUCAUUGAUUACAGUGUGAAAUGAAUCAAUGUGAUGAUGAUAUCUCACAUCAUAUAGUGACAGAUCAUUAAAAAAAAAAAUAUCCUUUUUAGGCACUAAAUUGGAAUAGA